AUGUUAGGCUGCUGGAGUGAAUACUGUGAAGACACUGUCUCUUAUGAAGUUGCCACAGAGCUGAUGGUAUCAUGUCUCAGUUCCAACAUCACACCUGGCUUUGAGGAUGGCUUUGGCAUUUAUAGGUUAAAUGCCAACAAUGCCAGUAACAUAAAUGGAGCCAUGGAGAUUGGUGUCAUUGCUGGAGCCUGCAAACUGACCAUCACUUAUGUUUGUCAGGACAGCAGUGAGGGGACUGAGGGAGGACGCAGCCAAGAUGAAGAAGUGGCAAAGUGGUGGGGAGAGUGGAGCUCAUGGUCAACCUGUUCGCGUACCUGUGGAGGAGGGGUUAUGUCCAAAGAGAGACACUGUUUACAACAGAGGCUUAUUGCAUCACAGAACAUCAGUGUCAGCAUUUGCACAGGGCCUUCCAAACACUACCAGCUAUGCAACAAACAGCCCUGCCCAGAAAAUGGAAUUAGCUUUAAACAGCAGCAAUGUGCUGCCUUCAAUGCCAAAGCCUUUGGGAGGCGUCGCUUCCACUGGAUACCACUCUCUCCAGAUGACUACAUUAAUAUUUCCAACAAGCCAUGUGAUUUGCAGUGCACUACCCGUAAUGGAGAAAGACAGCUGAUGGUUCCAGCUCAAGAUGGAACUUCUUGUAGUGAUCGAGUCCAUCAAGGAGUCUGCAUUGAAGGCCAAUGUGAGUCAGUAGGGUGUGACGGAACACUGUUUUCAUCAAAGACACUGGAUAAAUGUGGCAUAUGUGGAGGAGAUGGCAGCACCUGUUACAGAGUCUCUGGGACUUUCAGGAAAGCGAUCACACAGUUAGGUUAUACCUUUAUUACAAAUAUUCCUAUUGGAGCUACUGAUAUACAAAUCAUUGAGAGGAGGAAAACAGAAAACAUUCUAGCACUUUCAGAUGAUGCGGGUAAUUUCUUCUUUAAUGGUGACCCAGCAGUUAACAACCCACAGAACUUUCGAGUUGCUGGGACUGUUUUCAAGUACAGGAGGCCUUCUAACUUGUAUUCAGAUGGGCUCGAAUACAUUGUGGCUCAGGGCCCUAUUAAUCAGGGUGUUAAUGUUAUGUACUACAACUUGAAUGGGAAGAUGCCCCACAUAACCUAUGAGUUUACAAUUCCAAGACGACUUGAGCUUCAGACAACCAUCCCUUCUUCUGGCUCCUCCUUCUAUUUGACUGGGCGAGAUGCACAGACUGGGGAUGAUGUUAAUUAUGUAGACCAGGGAAGUAUACUUGAAGACUAUAACACAACACUGGAGGAAACAUCUUAUUAUGAUAAUGAAAUUGCCAACAGUGAAAGUCAAAAAUACUCUAACUUUACUGGCAGGAUAUCAGGUAAAGCUGGAAACAGAUCUGUGACAGAGAUGGGUGACCUGGUGUGGCAUGAUGAGGUUUACAAAGAAGAUGCUGAAUUCCAUUCAAAUAAAGCCAUCAAAACAUUUGAGGAGAAGGUUGGCCACACUGCUCAAGGUAUAGACUUGAAUGUUAUCCGCACUAGUGUAACUCAGCAAAACAACACCCAGAGACUACAAGAGGAACUUCUCAGGAACAGACUGAUUAACUCAAAAGUCAGUGGUUAUGUAAGAGCCUGCAUAAACAAUACAUGUGAGAAUAUUCCAACAGCUGUCUUUGGGCAAAAGCAGGGAAAUGAGCCCCCCCAGCUGAGCAGUGGUCUAAAGGGCAGGUUACUGGAGUACUACACAAGGGAAGAUGUUUCAAGGACUUUUGGUUCACAGCAGUACCCAGGUUCAGAGGAGGACCCAGGGACUUCUUACAGUCUGAUGACCAGUCAAGACUAUCCUCUCGCCAGUGGAAAUAUUUCCCAGCAGCUUAAAUUUGUCAGGGUCCAUGGGAUGGAGCCGGUGCAAACUCCAGAUACUGAGAGCAAUGAAUUUGAGGUUGGUGUGCCCGGUCAUAGCAUCAGCACAGCAAAUACAUACAGAUGGAAGGUAUCUGCCUUUGGACCCUGCAGUUCCACAUGUACUACAGGUCUUAGCAGCUCCUAUGCCAUAUGUGUUCAACAUGACGGAGUGGAAGUUGAAGAGUCUCACUGUGAUGCUCUUAGUAGACCAGAGCCAGUACAUGAGGUCUGUUCUGGCAGAGAAUGCCAGCCAAGGUGGGAGACUAGUCGGUGGAGCGAAUGUUCUCGGACAUGUGGAGGAGGCUUUCAGUUCAGGACAGUUCGCUGCUGGAAGAUGAUUGCUCCUGGAUUUGACAGCUCAGUUUAUGAUGACCUCUGCUAUGCAGCCGAAGUCCAGAAGCCUGUUGACCGAAAAGAAUGCAAAAAUAAACCCUGUGGUCCACAAUGGGAGAUCUCACAGUGGUCUGAGUGUUCUGCAAGGUGUGGAUCAAAAGGUGUCAUGACAAGGGAAGUUCGCUGCUCUGUUGAAGCCCAUCAGUGUGAUGAAGCAACCAAGCCAAUCAGUUCAGAGGAGUGCACAGGCCCACCCUGUGACUGGAAGUGGACAGUGUCAGACUGGUUACCUUGCUCAGGAUCCUGCGGGGAAGGUAGGAUGACUCGAUAUGUGGUAUGUAGGAACAGCGUGAAUCAAGUUAUUUCAAACUCCCACUGUGAUCCAGCAUCAAAGCCGCUAGCUGUCUACCCCUGCGGAGACAAGAACUGCCCAGCACACUGGGUAGAACAGGAAUGGGAACAGUGUAAUGCCACAUGUGGACGUGGAGUGAAGAGUCGCCAGGUACUAUGUGCAGGCCUCGAAAAUGGAAUUUAUAAGGAGUAUCUAAAGACACAAUGUGAUCUCUCCCAGAAACCUGAGGAACAGGCAGACUGCUUUGAGAGACCAUGUUCAAAGUGGUUUACAACAUCUUGGUCCCAGUGCAGCAAAACUUGUGGCAAUGGAGUGAAGGUGCGAGAAGUGAAAUGCUACCAAGGAGAUGAGCUAGGAAGUGGAUGUGAUGCAGUCAGCAAACCAGAAGUAAAACAGACAUGUGAAAUUCAGCCAUGCCCCAUUGAAGCACCAGUUUCAGAUGAUAAUUGUGAAGACAAAGCAUCAGCAAAUUGUGCAAUGAUAUUGAAAAUGAAAUUCUGCACAAACUGGUAUUACAAGAAAGCUUGCUGCAUGUCAUGCAAAGACAGAUCAUCACAGUAAUACUGACCUUUCAGAUCAGCACUAUUGAGAAAAAAAGACUGAAGAAUAUGCCUGUUUACAUCACUACAUUUCAAAAAGGACAUCAUCUGAGCAGAGACUGCGUGUUUGUGAGUGUGUGUGUGUGUUUGUGUG